GAGCACCUCCCCCUACCUCGGUUCAUAAGCUUCCUCCUCUCUUCCAUCAGCUCCAGUCACUCGCAGUCACAUAGGCGCGAGGAUCUAAGCCGUCAUUUCUCCGUUUUUCACAGUUAUGAUUCGUGUUUGUUUUCCAGCGUUUGCGCUCCUGUCGUUUGUGCUCCAAACUGUAGCUGUGGGAAAGGUUAAUACUGAAGACAAUGUGGUAAGAAAAAGAAGAGAAUGGAUUCUCCCGGCUAGGACUCUGAUGGAAAAUGUAGACUACACCCAAAAGGAAUACAUUGCCAAGAUUCGAUCAGACUUUGAAUUGGAUUCUAAUAUUCACUACUCCCUGCAAGGCAUUGGUGCAAAUCAAUAUCCCUUUCAUGUAUUUGUAGUUGACACUAAAACUGGACUGAUUCGUGUCACCAAAGUACUUGACAGAGAAUUCAUUGACACAUAUAACUUGUCUGGUGUUGCUACAUACACUAGUGGUAAAGAAGCAGAGAAGAAAAUUGAUAUAAGAAUUAAGGUUUUAGAUGAGAACGAUAAUGCCCCAGUGUUUGGAUUCAUUAAGCCAGGAGAGGUGAAAGAGCUCAGUCCUGCAGGGGCUUCAGUUAUGAAAGUCAUUGCAACUGAUGCUGAUGAACCAGGCAAUGAGAACUCUCAGAUUGCCUAUUCCAUCAUAACUCAGAAUCCUCCUGAUGACAUGUUUUACAUGGACAGAAAUGGAACCAUCUUUGUCAAGAAGCCAACCCUCGACAGAGAGACACAAGAUCAGUAUAUUCUGACAGUGAAAGGUCAAGAUCUCAAUGGCAAACCAGAUGGUAAGAGUGGAACCGGCACUGUUACCAUUAAUGUGGUAGAUGUGAAUGACAACCCUCCCACUCUGGAAAAAACAGCGUAUGAGGGCAGUAUUGAGGAGAACACACAGGGUGUGGAGGUGAUGAGAUUCAAAACACAGGACAUGGACCUAAAGGGCACAGAGAACUGGGAAGUUGUAUUUGAUAUUGUCAAAGGCAACGAGGCUGGCUACUUCAGCGUUAAAACUGACCCCCUCACCAAUGAGGGCAUCCUAAUGCUUGAUAAGGCUGUGGAUUAUGAGGAUGUGAAGAACCUUGAACUAGGCAUAGCUGUAAGAAACAAAGCUCCACUGUAUGAUGGAUCUAUGGGCGAUACUCAACUUAGUGUAGGUUUUGAAGGGGAAGCAGGUGGUCCCAGUGGUGCCAGUGGUGCCAGUGGUGCCAAUGGUGCCAGCGGUGCCAACGGUGCCAACGGUGCCAGCGGUGCCAACGGUGCAAGCGGUGCCAGCGGGCCAUCUGGAGGACUGUCAUCACAGACCCCAGCUAAAAUCUAUACAAUAAAUAUCCAAGUAAAGAAUCAGCCAGAGGGCCCACAUUUUGACCCCAAGGUCAAAGCUAUUCCAGUCUUUUCAAAAGGUCAGAUUAAUAGUGAUCAGGUUAUUGACGCCUAUCCUGCAAUAGAUGGAGACACUGGAAAACCAGCUGAGAACGUCAAAUAUGCCAAAGGCUCAGACCCUGACAAUUGGCUAACAAUUGACCCAACAACAGCUGAGAUCAGAAUGAACAAGAAACCUGACAGAGACUCUUCAAAGAAAUUUCUGGUUAAUGGGACCUACAUUGCUAAAGUACUCUGCAUUACAGAAGACAUGCCUGCUAAAACAGCCACUGGCACCAUAGCUAUUCAGGUGGACGAUCUAAAUGACAACUGCCCCACGUUGACCACUAACAUCCAAACUCUGUGUACCACGGAUGAUGCUGUCAUUGUGAAUGCAGUAGACACAGAUGCAUACCCUAAUGGACCUCCGUUUAAUUUUAAAAUCAUCUCAAAGGAAGCUCAGGGCAAAUGGCAGGUAGAGCAUCUCAAUGACACUGCAGUGAUUGUGAGGACCCAUGAGACUUUAUUGCCUGGUUCAUAUGAAGUGGAAUUUAACGUGACAGAUGAGCAGGGAAAAGCCUGUCCUGCACCACAGAUGGUCAAGAUUCAUGUUUGUGCCUGUAAAGCAGGAAUGCCCUGUGUCUUUCGAGAAUCUCAAAGUCAGGCCCAAAGAAAAACUGAGUUAGGUCCCGCAGGCAUUGCGAUGCUGUUGCUGGGUCUGCUGCUCCUACUAUUGAUUCCUCUGCUACUCUUCUUCUGCUUGUGUGGGGAGGGUGCACUUCUUCCAGACAGCUUUACUCAAAUGCCCUUUGACACCAAAUCGCACCUUAUUAAUUACCACACUGAGUGCAUGGGAGAGAAUGCGGAGGUUCCACUGCUGACCAGGCCAUUGGUACUGGAUGGAAUUAUAUUUGGCCCAUCAAUGGCCAUUGCUAGCAAAGCCAAUAUGGGGGGUGCAGAAGCAGGUUUUGGAAUCCAGAAAUCAGUGACUUGCAUGGAUGGGAUAAACACAUACCCAGGUGCAGCAAAUGACAACAGAGUAGCAACAUGGGAGGUGAACCAAGAAGGCGGUGCCUUUUAUAGUGAUUUUCAACACUUAGAAACACUUAGAAGUGGAGGAUUUCAAGAUGACUUGGCUUUGUCUGACACUGCCUUGAGACAGUACUACACUAAGAGAACCUCUAGUGGACAUGAGAAUCUGAAGGACAACCUACUGGUUUAUGACUAUGAAGGCCAGGGCUCUGCUGCUGGCUCAGUUGGCUGUUGCAGCCUCCUAGAGUCUGACAAUGAUUUACAGUUCCUAGAUGACCUUGGACAAAAGUUCAAGACUCUAGCUGAGGUGUGUGGGGGCCAAACCAUUCUAGCUAAAGACAAACAACUGUCCACACCCGUGCCUGAUAUGUCAAUCAAUGUUCAGACUUCAUUAUCAAGUUUGGUGAGCAUCCCAGAGCUGUCGCCUGUACCCAAACUUCAACCAAUUCUCCCCAAAACUGAGCCCACUGUUAGGGAUACGUCUAAGCGGUCUCAUGUAGUGAAGGAAAGCACAGCCACAAUGAAGGGAGGGAUGACCACAGUCAAGCAAGGAAUGACAAAUCAAGGCCAGAUGCUCUUACUACAGCAGCAGCAGCAGCCUGUCUACUAUACCACCACCCCUUUGCUGCAGCCGCUCCAAUAUGUAGUCCAACCUCAGGUUCACAACAAUGUGCUGCUGGCUGAGGGACCAACUACCAACCUGCAGGGCGUGAUAUUGGUUAACAGCACUGAGCCAGGUUCUGCCAAAGGUGUAGUUGUUCAGGGGCAGACUCUGAUGUCCAGCAGACAAGGCCAGCUUCCUGGAAUGGUAGUUAUGGACAGGACUGGGGUCCAGGCGGUGAGCAGCAACCUGAUCCACACUGACAACUUUAUUGGCAACCAAACAAUGAUGGUUGUGGAGGGACAAAACCCUGCUGGUAAAGCACCUAAGGGAGGCUACAGUAAACUUGUGCAGGGAGGAAGUCUACAGACAGGUGAGAUUUCUAGAUCGCCUAAAGUCCUUGUUGUUGGAGGUCCCAUAAGCAGUGGAGGACAGCUAGACAAGGAAGCAGAUUUUUCACAGAACAGUGAUGUCUCCGACUCUCAAAAGGUCUGGAACAAUACAGGCAGUACAUUCACUAGCUCUCAUUCCAGUGUGGUUGGUUCAUCUAAAACCACACAAGCCCCCAGUUACCGCAAGGUGGUAGUGGAGGAGACCAAGGAAAUUCUUGAUCCAUUCCAGUAAAGUCAAGACGGCACCUUUGGCCUAGCACAGAUGGUGAUGGGAUUCAGUAAAUUAUUAAAAUAAAUAUUAAGUUUCAGUUAGUCAGCUUCUCCUGGGCAUAACCCAAAAUAUCAAGACAAAAUAACACAACAUGAUCAAUACUACAAACAAAGAACAUGAAGUAUCGAAAACUUAAUAUGUAAAAAAUAAAAUGGACGUAAAGUUAUAACCACUGAAACUAGCUAAGCAGAAUUGAUGUACAAUCUUAAAAAAGGGAAACAGAGGUCAGAAAUAUGUGAAUAUGUAAAUAGUGCUAGCAAUAGCAAAGAAUGCCACUUGGACAGAUGUUUAUUGUGAUAUAAUGGUGAAUGUAUGAUCAGUAAUUUAGGAUACUGGCUGGAUCAUGUUGUCAUUACUGUCAUCUAUUUUUCUAGUAUACAGUAUGUCUAAUAAAGCUGAUUUUGCAUGUAGAUAAUAGUUGAAAAAAAAGGCAUUAUAAUGACUCUUUUAGUGCUUGGUGUCUGGAAACGCUUACUGUAUGUAUAUGACAAGUAAGGUAAUUGUGAGGUAAAUAAACAAAAAAUGUGAUUAAUAAUAGUUGCAAUUGAAAGUCUGUAUUGUGUGCAGUGUAAGCGGCAAACAGUGCAUUUUUUCAGUUUGAAUGAAAAUAGCUUAGAUUGACACUCUUGUAAUUAGGUUUAGGUUGAUAAGUAAUUAAUACACUAAGUCUAAGUUAUAGAUGCUGCUACUCCUCUAACUUGGCCUGUAUUUCUAGAAACAUGAUAAGUGAAGUGACUUAGUGGAGUUGACGCAUUCAAACUAACAUAUUCAUCCUGCUGCAGCCCGUUAAUAAGAAAACAAAUCUGAUGCUUACUUUAGUCAUUUACUAACAGUGAUUAAGAUGUUAAGCCUAAUAGACUAAACGUAAUUAUAUUAUGCUUAUUGUAUUCUGUCAAUUUUUAUUAAACUCUGAUGAACAAUA